AUGGCGCAGUACAAAGGAGCCGCGAGUGAAGCUGGACGCGCCAUGCAACUGAUGAAGAAGAGGGAGAAGGAGCUCAAGCAGCUAGAGCAGCUCAAGCAGAAGAUUGCAGAAGAUAACAUGGUCAAGUCCAACAUCGAUAAAAAGUUCUCGGCUCAUUAUGAUGCGGUGGAGGCAGAGCUCAAAUCCAGUACUGUCGGUCUGGUGACACUGAACGACAUGAAGGCCAAACAGGAGGCGCUGGUGAAGGAGCGGGAGAAGCAGCUCGCCAAGAAGGAACAGUCUAAAGAGCUCCAGCUCAAACUUGAGAAGCAGAAAGAGAAGAAAAGAAAAGAAGAACAGAAAAGAAAGAUUGCCAGUUUGUCGUUUAACCCCGAGGAUGAGGAGGAUGAGGAAGAGGACCCAGAGGAGGACGAGGACCUGGACGAUUUUCCGUCUAAGAAGAAAAAACUGGGGAAAAAUCCAGAUGUGGACACAAGUUUUCUGCCAGACCGAGAUCGAGAGGAGGAGGAGAACCGCCUGAGAGAAGAGCUGAGGCAGGAGUGGGAGCUCAAGCAAGAGAAGAUCAAAAAUGAGGAGAUUGAAAUCACCUUUAGUUACUGGGACGGCUCCGGACAUCGAAAGACUGUCAAAAUGAAGAAAGGAAACACCAUGCAGAACUUUCUACAAAAAGCACUUGAAGUUCUCCGGAAAGAUUUCAGUGAACUUCGGUCUGCCGGUGUGGAGCAGCUCAUGUACAUCAAAGAGGAUCUGAUCAUCCCACAUCAUCACAGCUUUUACGACUUCAUUGUGACCAAGGCCAGAGGAAAAUCAGGCCCUCUCUUCAGCUUUGAUGUCCACGAUGACAUACGGCUGGUGAACGACGCCACUGUGGAGAAGGAUGAGUCUCAUGCUGGAAAAGUGGUUCUGCGGAGCUGGUAUGAGAAGAACAAGCACAUCUUUCCUGCCAGUCGCUGGGAGCCCUAUGAUCCGGAGAAGAAAUGGGAUAAAUACACCAUCCGGUGA